GUAUGUGUAUGUAGUGUGUGACGUUGUAUCGUAAAAAGAGAGUGAGAGAGAGAGCGAGAACGCGCGCGGUGUGGAGCGGGGGCGUAUACGGACCGUUGUUCCGGUGAAGUGCGCGAGAGAGAGAAAGCGUGAGUGGAGUCAGCCGGGGAGACACAAGCCGUCACUUAUAAAACCGUCAUCGUAUCCUUUUCCUUGUUUGUUGCUAGUUCGCCUGUUCUUUUUUCUGCUCGGCAAAAAUUCAAUGACCUCAUUUGUCUCACGUACGGACUAUUCUCUUUUUUCUUUCCCCUCACUCUCUCUUUAACACAACAGGAGCCUCAGAUAUAGUCAGCAAUCUAAAAACACUCGACGGCAAAUUUUAAGAACAAGACCAAUUAACGUGUCCAACGCCAUCGAGUGAAAUUUAUCGAUCAAGUGUUACAACUAAAAGCAAUAACAGAGACAACACCAACAACAACACGGCUACACCAGCAGAACAACGGCGUCUAUUAAAAUCAAACAUCAGGAUCAGGAUCAAGCAGAAAAGCCAGCAAGUCACAACCAGAACAAGAACAACAACUACCACAACAACAACUACAACAAAUGGGAACCAAUUCGGGAGCCACCGCUGGCAUAAAUAACAAGCCGGUUGGCGGCGCAGCCGUUCUUGGCGUUGGCGUUGUGACAAAUUCAUCGAUCGGCGGCAGCAACGUGUUAUCGAACAGUUUGGGCGGCGGUCUCAGCAUUAGUGGCUUGGGCGGACAGAACGCCAAUGUUGGCGGCAUAGUCUCCAACAUGGGCGGCGGUGGCAAUAAUAGUGGUGGCAACGACGAUAGCGGCAACGGCGGCAUGGGCGGCAACCCUGGCGGCGGUGGACCCAAUAACCAACAAGCAACCACGCCCCAAUACACAAUUCCGGGCAUCUUGCAUUUCAUACAACACGAAUGGUCCCGCUUCGAAUUGGAGCGUUCACAGUGGGAUGUGGACAGGGCUGAAUUGCAGGCGCGUAUUGCGAUGCUACUAGGUGAGCGCAAAUGCUUGGAGAGCCUUAAAUCGGAUCUGACGCGACGCAUUAAGAUGCUGGAGUACGCACUGCGUCAGGAGCGAGCGAAGUUCUAUCGAUUAAAGUACGGCACCGAUCCGCCGCAACUGAACGAGUUUAAGCCAUCGUCGAAUGACGACGGUGGCCUGGGCGGCGAUGUGGCUACCGAUUCGGAGGUGCCGUAUAGCUCAGUGUCCAAUACCACGUGGCGACAGGGCAGGCAAAUGUUGCGUCAAUAUCUCGCCGAAAUCGGAUACACAGACAACAUCAUUGAUGUGCGUUCAAAUCGUGUACGCUCCAUUUUGGGGCUCAACAAUAACGCCGAUCAUGAUGGCGGCGGCAUUGGCGGUUGUGGCAUUGGAGGUGGUAGCGGCAGCGGCGGCGGUGGUGAGAAUCUCAGUCCAAAUAUUAAUGGCAACGAGAGCAAUAAGCGUGCCUCAGAAUCUGAAGGCCGUCAUACUCCCGCUAAAAAAGUGCAACAAUCAAACGAUGCCAUUAUACUGGACACGGAGGCGGCUGUUAUGGCCAAUUUUGAGUUCCUUGGGCCCACAGAGAUGUCCGAUGACGAUGAGAUCUCCGAUGAUCUGGAAAUGGUUGCCACCGACAAUGAGGACACAGAUGUCAAAAUGGCCAAGCGACCCAAGUCCGGCAAGGAUAUGCUGACCGAAGAUCUUGAGGCCGAGGUGGGAGAGCAGCUCUUGAACGAUAUGAAUCUUAUGACCGAAGAGGUGGAUGGCUCGCUGGGAUUGGGCGAGCUGGCGCAACUGACGGUCAACAAUGAGUCCGAUGGUGCUUACGAUGCGAAUGCCAAGGACGGCACUGGCGGCAGUGCUGGCGGCGCUGGCUAUCGCAAGACCUGGAAUGCCAAGUACACGUUGCGUUCGCAUUUCGAUGGCGUGCGUUCGCUGAUUUUCCAUCCGGAGGAGCCAGUGCUAAUCACGGCCUCCGAGGAUAAUACGCUCAAGCUGUGGAAUCUACAGAAGACGGUGCAAGCCAAAAAGUCCGCUAGUCUCGAUGUGGAGCCGCUGUACACGUUCCGUGCGCACACCGGACCAGUGCUGUGUCUCGGCAUGUCCUCCAACGGUGAGACAUGCUACUCUGGAGGCCUGGAUGGCAACAUCGAGUGCUGGCAGCUGCCAUCGCCCAACAUUGAUCCCUACGACUGUUACGAUCCCAAUGUGCACUCCGGCACCCUUGAAGGUCACACGGACGCAGUCUGGGGUCUGACCACGAUGCAGAACAACAUUGUAUCAUGCUCGGCCGAUGGCACAGUUAAACUAUGGUCACCAUACACCAAGGAGCCACUGUUGCGCACCUAUACAGCUGCAGAGGCCGAGGGCGGGCCCUCGUCCGUGGACUUUGUGCGCAACGAGGUGGAUCACAUUGUGGUGGCCUAUAAUAGUGCCCAUUGCAUCAUCUAUGAUACGGAGACAGGCAAACAGGUGAUUAAACUGGAGGCGACUCAGGAAAUGUCUGGCAACACGGGGAAGUUCAUCAACAAGGUCGUCUCGCAUCCGACACUGCCCAUCACCAUUACAGCGCACGAGGAUCGUCAUAUACGAUUUUGGGACAACACAUCUGGCACACUGGUGCACUCGAUGGUGGCGCAUCUGGAGCCGGUCACAUCACUGGCCGUCGAUGCGCAUGGAUUGUAUUUGCUAUCUGGUUCGCAUGAUUGCUCUAUUCGUUUGUGGAAUCUGGACAAUAAGACGUGUGUGCAAGAGAUUACGGCACAUCGCAAGAAGUUCGAUGAGAGCAUAUUCGAUGUGGCAUUCCAUGCCACCAAGCCCUACAUAGCCAGCGCCGGUGCGGAUGGUCUGGCCAAGGUGUUCGUUUAGACACUCAGAGCAAGCAGAAAAGCAGCGUUAACAACAGAAGCGGCCAAUGCUCCAGCAACAACAACAGAUGCAGCAGCUCCCCAGCUAAGCGAUUACGAGUUCGAGUUAAAUAAUUAUACAUACAUAUAAAUACACUUAUAUAUAUACAUAUACUAUACAUUUAAAUCUAAUUAUACAUUAUACAAGAGAUGAACAACAACAACCACAAGUAACACCCAGAAAAAUACGGCAACAACAUUGCUCUAUUAUACAACAAAAAAAGGGGAAAAAUGAAUCCCAUAAAUAAAUCACAUUAAUUAUGGCAUUUUGAGCGCAAUCAUGUCGAUAGUCGAGAAUGAGAAAUCAAGCGCAUGCUAAGAGCAUGGCCACCAUCAUCUAAUCCCAAUCCCAAUAUUUAAACACUCAUUGUAUUUGUUAACAAAAGUGAAAAGUUCUUAAGCCUGCAGUCAGCUGCAAGUUUAACAACAUUUUCAUCCAAGUAGUAGAUGAUGAUUGCCAAUCAUAACAAUUUAGAUUUAAUUUAAGCAAUGAUUGAGAACCUGCACAGCGAUUGUGUCAAUGGCCACCAAGAGUUGGAGAACGAUGCUGCUCCUGUACAUUUGAUAUGCUUAUAUAUAUACAUACAACAAUAUAGAUUUACCCCCAUGGCUAACAUUAAUGACAUUUUUCGUGUAAUUGGCCACUCGCUGUGCAGGUUCGAUUCGUCAGUCCAGAUUGCAGAGAGAGAAAGCUGGCCAGGAUUAAGCAGAUUAAAAUGUGUCCUGCUGCUGCUGGACGGAAAGAUUUACUCAUCUAACAAAACACGUUUUACGUAAUGAUUAAUAGACGAUCAAAUUUUGUAGUCUUAAGUGGCAUACGUCGUAACUAUAUAUAUACACAAAUACACACACACCAUAUACUUAUAUAUGCAUCCCCCUUCCCUCUACCCAUAACACAAAGAACGUGCAAGUUGUAAAUUAACAUUAGAGAACGACGACGACGACGAUAAUGGUAAUGAUAACGAUAAUUGAUUCUGAUGAUAAUGACUAUUAUUUAUUUAUCAAUAAUUGGAAUGAGAAAGAGUGUAGCAAAGAGAAAAGCGAGAUGUGUUACGAAAGUUAUUACGUCGGGAAUCACAAAAACACAUACACACAACCACGGAGAAAACUUUAUUAAACACUAAGUGAGAAAAGAAAAGUAUAAAUGCUUCUAUUUCUAUAUAAUUUUUCAUACAAAGAAUUGCUUAGGACAACAAAGAUCCACUUUAUACAUACAGAUCCAGAUGAUAUAAAUAAUAAUGCCGUUGAGCUAUAACUGUAUGCUAAGCUAUUUAUUUAAUUUAUGCCUAGUAUUAAACACUAACAAAACAAAUCAAGAAAAAAAAGAAGAAAACGUAAAGAAAAACAGCGGCAACUGCUGAUCCAAUGGAUUUCGUACACUUGUAGUUGAAUAAUAACAAACAAAAAAUAAAUAUAAUAUACAUAUAUGUUUAGAAUCGCUUAACGGUUCAUAAAUUGUAAUCAAAUAAAACGUUGAAAUGUGGACGUGAAUGCCGAGCAACUCAAUAUUAGUUAUAGUAUUACAAAUUAUUAUUAUUAUAAAAUCGUUGCGUUUCAAAAUGCGACUCUACAAAAAUUAAAAAAAAAAACUGAAUAUAAACCCAAGUUGAUAUUCGAUAAACAAUUAAAAGAAAAUCCACAACAAAAAAAAAAUAAUAACAAUAAUAAAUCGAUAGCGAUUCUUAUAAAAAAUUAAAAGAAAAUCCUCUACUACCUAUUCAUUAAUUAUGUGUAUUUUAAUUUGUACUUUAGUUGUUACAAAUGAACAUGCGAUAUCAUAUAUAAAUAUACACCCACACUCACUCACAUAUAUAUAUAUAUACUGAAACAUGUAGAUCUAUAUGACAAUGGCGAUUAUGAUAAAGCUACUACUAAUGAUGGUAAAUUAUAUACAACACAAAACAAAAAAAAAAUUUACAACCGAUUGAUGCAGUGAUGCGCAUAUUAUACAUACAUAAUACAUAAAUCUAUUGAUUUUUAAUUUUAAUUGUACAUUUUUGAUUUUUUUAUUACCAUGUAUUUUUAUUUUAAAUAAAGUUUUACAAAAUGAAACUGUGUCACAUUUGGCCUUGAGAGAUUUUUAAACACCAAGACAAAUUCCUCCACUCCAUUUCACAUUGCGAAUGCAACAAAAUAGUUGGAGAAAACAAAUUACAGAAAGCAUUAAACUCAUAAUAUAUUUGAAAACGUUGUAGACCAGCUGGCUCUUGUUUGCAACGGAUCCAAAAAUCAUCUGAAAAUCAGAACCAAAAUAUUCCAGUUUAUAAAAUGCCUUUGUUGCUUUUUCAUUUCACAACAAAACAAUUUCGCUGCUGGCAGCAUUUUUAGUUAAUUUCAUCAUUUAGCCCCUGAAGGGGCUUAAAAAGGUCAAACGAUAGAGAUACAUUCAUGAUUCUUAUUUUUGUACCGUUCGAAGAUCCACUGCCAUAAUACUUCAACAACAAAACACAGCAGCAAUAAACACGCAUGCGUUUCGUUCUACAAGGAAAGACCAUAAAUACAAUUUGUAUACACGUGUAUCUAUAUUUUAUAAUUUUCACGCAAACAUACAAACAAAUAAGAAUAAAAAAACAAUUUAAAUAUUAAAGCGCACAAGAAAUCGACAAAAACGACUAACCUUAUGCGCAUUAUAAAAAUAAAUAAAAAAUAACAAGUUUAAAAUUAAGUCGAAAAACGUUCAUUGUAGAUUUGAGCAUAUAGGCAAGAUCCCAGCCCCAGCACAUAAGUUUAUACAUAUAGAAAUUGAGAAACAAAUUUCAUGCAUAUUAACUGAAAUAUAUAUAUAUAUAUAUAUAUAUACAUACUUUUAUAAUAAAUUGAGAAAUCGUACAGAAUACUUUAACAAGAAACAAAACAAGAAAAAAAAAGAAAGCAUAAAAACUCCACACAAUUCAUGUUAAGAUAUAAUAAAACCAAAUAAAUAAAA